AUGGCCCGCCACGCAGCAACACUCGACGCACUUCCAUCUGAGCUGAUCUAUGAAAUCAUCAUCAGAGUCCCGUUUUCCAAGGAUGACUUCACAGCUCUCCAACUCAUCAAUCGUCGUGUCUACCAGAUCAUGGGGAAAAGAGGAUGGAUGAUCUUCAACGAUAUCGCAGCCGAGCAGUGCGCACAGGCACUUGCAAUGCAACGAUUGCCGUACUGCUCUCCGUUCGCCCAAGGGCUGGGAUAUCCCACUCAAAAUCAGCUCGCAGACGUCUGCGAAAUGCACCAGAAAUUCGAGAAACAAGUCAACAGCAUGGCCAAAGCUGAGGCGGGUAUGUUGCAGCAAGGUUUGGAUACCAAAUACUUCCGAAUCAAGGGUUGGAAGAGCAAUGUCCUCACCGGCUUGAACGUGGUCAAAGCCAUGGAAAAAUACGUCCAGGCCCCGGCCGCCCGGCUACCCAACCCUAACAUGCUGCGUGCGGAGAAGAAAGCGGUGAGGUGCAGAGAGUUUGUCGAGUGCCUACCGAUAUCCUACUGUCUCGCCGUCCGCCACACCACGCUCCUAUCGGUGCAGGUGGUUGACUAUCUUGGCCUUCACCACGAGGUCUAUGACAUCCGACACGGCCGUGGCCGUGGCACUGGGCUUGGAGGCGAGGCUGGCGUCGAUCUGUGCGACAGGACCAUGAAAGUCAUGUUCGAGAAUAAUUACUGUGACACGACCUUCAAGCAGGCACUGUUGAUCUUGGAAGACGAAGAGGGACGCAACAGCAAAGCGGCGAGAAGGCAGCUGAGGGACCUGGUCAACGUUGGUCAGCGUAUACAGGGCAUAGAGUUGUACAACAUCACAGAGAUGCUGUCUGUGGCCUCCUUUCGCCUUGACCAUCACAUCACCCGGAGGAUCGCUGAAGCUAUGGAAGAUUGGGACGAUUUUGCUAGCGGAGCAGGAAAAGGCUUCAUUGCGGAGACACAGAGAACUGAGGGGGGAGGGGAAGAGGCAUCACCGUCAGCGAAAAGUUUGGUGGAGAGCUUCCUGGAUGAUCUCACUGGCUUCUGA